AGGGGCCCAGGGAGUGAAUUUCCUUUCUGUGAGGAACGCAGAAGACUUCGUUUCACUUAAAAUCUUGUAAGGGAUUUAGAGUAAAUCCUGGGGAGGGCAGUGGGGCAGAGCAGGAGCUGCAUUGGGAGCUACGCAUGGAUCCCCUCCUGCCCUCGACCAAGGGUUCCUUCUGACGUCAGGGUGCAGCUCUGGACGCAGAUGGGGUUCCCCAGGAGCCCAUGGGGCCUCCUCAGAUAUUUCCUGACUCUCCACCUCCUCCGGCUGGGAUCAGCGGAGUUCAGAGUGGUGGGACCAGGCCAACCUCUCCUUGUCACCGUGGGACAGGACAUCGUGCUGCCAUGUCACUUGUCCCCAGGCGUGGACGCUCGGAGCUUGGAGAUCAGGUGGAUCCGGCACCAGCUCUCUGAAACGGUGCACCUCUACCGAAACGGAGAGGAUCUGGACGGGGCACAGAUGGAGGAAUACAUUGGAAGGACAGAGUUGGCCAGAGAUGGUCUCUCCAAUGGGAGCCUGGACUUGCGAAUCUCUGGGUUGAGACCCUCUGAUGAUGGCCAGUACGUCUGCACUGUGCUAGAUGCUGCCUCUUAUGGAGAAGCUAUAGUGGACCUGGAGGUGGCAGCCUUGGGCUCUGUCCCUCUCCUCUCUCUGGAGGCUUACAAGGAUGGAGGCAUCCGGGUGGUGUGUCGAUCGGCCGGCUGGUACCCAUCACCAGAGGUGCUGUGGAAGGAUGGCAGUGGGCAGCAUCUCCCCUCAGUCUUCCAGAGUCGUUCCCCUGACGAGAGGGGCCUAUUUGAGAUCCAUGAUGUCACCGUUGUGAGCGGGAAGGGAGAUGGGAACGUGUCGUGCGUGGUGAGGAACAGCCGCCUGGAGCAGCAGCAGGCGUCGUCCCUGCACAUCUCAGCUCCCUUUUUCCACAAUGCCCGUCCCUGGAUGGCAGCUCUGGGUGUGUUCCUCCUGCUUUCAGUGGUGUCCGCUGCCCUCAGUGCUUACCUCUUCCGAAGGAAAGUGGUGCAGUCCAGAGCGCUGGAGGAACAAGCUGCACUGCUGGGGAAACGAGAUGCAGCACUGGAGGAACAAGCUACACUGUUGGAGGAACGUGCUGUAGCACUGGAUAAAAAGGUUGCACUGUUUGAGAAUCGAGCUACAGCACUGGAGCAACGAGCUGAAGAACUGAAGAAACGAGCUGCAGCACUGGAGGACCGAGACACAGCACUGGAGAACCGAGAUACAGCACUGGAGAAUCGAGCUACAGCACUGGAGAUUCGAGCUACAGCACUAGAGCAACGAGCUGAAGAACUGAAGAAACGAGACACAGCACUGGAGCAACGAGCUACAGCACUGGAGCGGAGAAAAUUUCUGCUUCCUCAGAAUCCAGAGGUGGUGACCCUGGAUCCAAACAUGGCUCAUUCCCCACUUGUCCUGUCGGAGGAUUUGAGAUGCAAGAGGCAGGAAAGUGCAUGAAAGAACCUGCCUGACACCCCGGAGAGAUUUAUUUAUUGGUACUGUGUGCAGGUCCGGGGGGGGGAAUUCUGGGAAGGGAGGAACUGCUGGGAGGUUGAGGCGAGGGGUGAGGUGAUUCAUGGUGGGCUUUUGGGGUGGCCAGAGAGUCCACGGAGAGGAAGGGGACUCUGAACCUGAACCCUGAAGGAGAGAUCUGUGCUGGAUCUGCACAGGAAGGGGCAGUUCAUGGCUCUUUCUUAUACUGCCAUCCCCCUGUCCCAGUCCCCGGUCCCCAGAGGGUCUGCGUCUGUCUGGACUGCACACGGCAGCUGGUGACUCUUCAGUGCCACCACUGGGGUCGAGAUCUUCACUUUUGCACCAGCCUCAUUCCACGGGGAGACCCUGCACCCCUGGUUUCGAGUGGAGACAAGGAAAACCCAGCUUUCCCUCAGGGACAGCACCUCCUAUAUGUUCUCCUCCCCUUCCAGCCUCUCCAUAGCCUCCAGCAACCUCUGCACUUCUCCAGAGACUCCCCACUCUCCUCUCCUGGCUCCUGCAGGAGAUGUCCCUCUCUGCCCUGCCCCAGCCUGGAGAGAGACAGGGAGUGAAGGGCAGGGGACAGGGCCUGCUGUGGGGUCUCUUCCAGUGCUGGGAGGCUCUGAGCAGAGGGGGGUGUCCUCGUUUGAGCUUUGAUGGAGUUAAUUUUCUUUCUAGUAUUGGCUGUAUUUUGGAUUUGGUGUGAGAAUCCCAUUGAUCACACAGGAUUAUAUACGUGGCUGGGAAAUGUUCACAUCAGUCAAAGGCUUUUUCAGCUUCCCCCCUGCAGCCGAGACGGAGCACGGCCAGGACGAGGCAGCCAAAGGGUUAUUCCACCCCACAGAUAUCCUGCUCGGAAUAGAAACGGGGGCUACUGGGGGACUGGGACCCUCCAUCACUGCUAGGGAUGGUCUGGGCAAUCAGUCCUCAGUGAUGAAGGCAAUUUGUGUUGUUUCCCUUAAUCUUGUAUCUUAUUUUACCAUUAAUAGCGAUGUUUUCCUCUGUGGUAACUGUUGUCUUAAACUGUCUUUAUUCCAAGCCA